AAUCAGAAAGACCAAACACAAAAAACAAAAAAACAUAUGAACUCUCAAAUCAAAUCCAAUUAUCAAGUCCAGCCAAAAAACACCCUUUACCCCCACUCUUGUCUCUGUUUCUUCCUCUUCCACAAUCACUUCACUGUCUCACUUCAAUUUACACCAUUCAUUCCUCUUUUUCUUCAAAACCCAGUUUCUAAUUCAGCUUUUUUUGUUCUCUAUUAUAACAAAGUUUCCAUCUUUUACUAGCUACUUAGAUCUGAUUUUGACCCACUAUAAGUUAUUGUGGUGUAAAAUCUUCAAAUUGACCCAGUUGCAUUUUUACAUGAAUUGAAGUAAAUGAGAAAAUGGGGUUGAUUUUUGUAUUGUUUUAGGGUGUUGUAGUAGAAAAGGUUCAAUUUUGAAGUAGUCUUGUAGUAUAGGUAGUGGUGGUGUUGUGCAUGUGAGAAUGGAGGGUAGGAUGAAGAAGUAUAGACAAGUGAGUCCUGAUAGGGCUAAGGUUUGGACUGAGAAAGCACCAAAAUAUCAACAUAAUUUGAAGGUGCCUGUGAUUUAUUAUCUUUGUAGAAAUAGGCAACUUGAACAUCCUCAUUUCAUGGAGGUUCCACUUUCUUCUCCAGAUGGGUUAUACUUGAGAGAUGUGAUUGAUAAGCUAAAUGCAUUGAGAGGUAGAGGCAUGGCUUCCUUGUAUUCAUGGUCUUCUAAGAGAAGCUACAAGAAUGGAUUUGUGUGGCAUGAUCUUUGUGAAGAUGAUCUUAUUCAACCGGCCCAUGGAAACGAGUAUGUCCUUAAAGGCUCUGAGCUCUUUGAUGAAUCCAAUUCAGAUCGUUUCAGUCCCAUUAACGAUGUCAAAAUACAAAGCGUGAAGAUGUUGCCGGGGCCAUCCUCCUGUCGGAGUCACGAUGAAGCCUCAUCCUCAUCUAGCAUGAAUGGAAAAGAGACGAGAUACUCUCAGGAUGACGAGCAAUCCCAUGAACAACAUACGGGUUCCUCUGAUGUUUCUCCGGAGUCGAGAGCUGAAAAGACCGGUCCGCUAAGCUUGGCACUGACGGAGUACAAAAUUUAUAAGGCCGAUGGAUUGGCAGAUGCUUCAACUCAAACAGAAGAUAGUAUAAACCGAUCCAAAACUCGGAAAAGUUGCACAAGAGGUGUAUCGACCGAUGAUGGGUCGUUAAUAUCUGAAUGCCAUGAAAUAUGUCAAACCGAAGUUCCACAAGUGAAACAUAAUCCAGAAACCUGCAAGGAUACCAUUUCUCCUUCUCCAACAACUUCAAGUCCCUUAUCUUUUGGAGGGAAGAUGGAAACUUUGGAAUCUUUGAUUAGAGCUGAUGCUAGUAAAGCGAACAGCUUUCGGAUUCUUGAAGAGGAGGAUAUUCCUAUGCCAACCAACACAAGGCUGAAGGCUUCAAAUUUGUUGAUGCAACUAAUCUCUUGUGGUUCAAUAUCAGUUAAAAACCACAGUUUUGGCCUUAUUCCUUCUUAUAAGCCCAGGUUUUCGCAUUCAAAAUUCCCUUCUCCGUUGUUCUCAACAUCUUUUGUGUUAGGCGAAUACGAUUGCUUAGUCGAGAAUCCAAAACUGAUGAACCUCAGAUUGGAAGACAAAGAAUAUUUUAGUGGGAGCUUAAUUGAGACUAAACUGAAGGAAGGUGAUGCACGUAAUGUUCUCAAACGCUCUUCUUCGUACAACAAUGAGAGGACAAAUAAAGAACAGAAACCAAAAGAAAACGAAGAGGAACCAUCCUCAGGACAUUCAAAAUGCAUUCCACGAUCAAUUAAAGCUUCACUAACCAAGCAUCCAAGAGGAGAAUCCAUGAGAUCCCCUAUUUCCGAAGGACCAAGAACAUCAUCGGAUAGAAUCGAUGGCUCUUGCAUAUCAGCAAUAUCAUCUAACAGCAGCAGCCAAAGAAUCACCGAACCUUCGUCAGGGAAAAAGCAACCAAAGAGGGUAGAUUCAUUUCGAGAAAACGAGGUGAUCAAAAUCGAAGAAAGGCUGGCUUCAGGAGCUCGGGUUAUAAUCCAAUCUAAACCUUUUUGCGACGCAGCGUCUAGCAGCCAUUAAGAGAUUAAUUUAUAUAGUUUAUCAGGUUUAGUUUAAACUCUAUAUGAUUGUAUAUAAUUUGGUUGGUUCAUGUGACUCAUGGCAAGGAGAGCUAGUAGUGUAGGUUGGUCCCAGUGGUCCAGUUCUUAUAACUAUAUUGUGCUGGCUAGAGAGGGACUUGUGAUACUCAAAUGAAGUUAUUGCACAUUUUGCUGUAGCUUCAAGGCAGUUUUUUGUUGUGGGUGGUCAAUUACUGACUUCAAAUUCUAACCACUAGAUUGAUAUCUAGACUGUAGUUCUAUCAAAUCUAAUUGUGGGUCCCUUGCAUUGAAUCAUUCCUUUACUAAUUUCCUUUUUA